UCUGUUCCCUUUCCUCUUUGUUUAAUGGGGGCUUUGCUUGAUAUAAAAGCAACCCACUUUGAGAAAAUUAGAAAGUUGUAGUCAUACAAGAAAAGAACAGAAAAUCUUCAGAGAAUUGCAGUGAUAUGGAGUUGAUAGUGUCCAUUACCGUGCUGUGCUUUACCUUCUUAGCACCGCAAACACCUUGUACUUCCCUGCAAAUCAAGCAAUCAUCAAAUGAACAAGCAAAAGGAGUUCAUCUUUCUCAGUACCCAACAUUGCCAAGGAAGCUCAGAUUCACUGAGGAAGUUGUAGCAUUUAAGGGAAAUGAAGCUCAUCAUUCAAUUACAAACACCAAGCAGAAGGAACAUGCUUCAGGCAAGGCAUACCAGAAAGAGAAAGGCACAGUGCAUGCAAGUCGAGGCACAAGGCAAGAAUGGAUGGAGUCUGGGACUGACAUUUCGCAAUAUUUUACUAUGGAUUAUUCGCACGUAAGAAGACGACGCCCCAUACAUAACAAGUCAUUGCCGGUUGUUCCUUGAAACCUGGGGGGAUCCCAUCCUUCUUUGAUGUGUGCUUUUGAUCAGUCCCCAUCAACAACAACAGUACAGAUAACAAUCCUUUUUUAGGAUCACAAUUUUGUUAACAAAAAUAUAUGUAACACCAAUUACUGCUUUUGUAAUAUAAUUAGGGAAAUGAGGAACCUGUCUUCUUUU